AUGUCCGGCCGCGGUAAGAGCGGCGGCAAGGCCCGGGCUAAGGCUAAAUCUCGCUCGUCCCGCGCGGGCCUGCAGUUCCCCGUGGGGCGCGUGCACCGGCUGCUGCGGCGCGGUCACUACGCGGAGCGGGUGGGCGCGGGCGCCCCGGUGUACCUGGCCGCCGUGCUCGAGUACCUGACGGCGGAGAUCCUAGAGUUGGCGGGCAACGCGGCGCGGGAUAACAAGAAGACGCGCAUUAUCCCGCGGCACCUGCAGCUCGCGGUGCGCAACGACGAAGAGCUCAACAAGCUGCUGGGCGGUGUCACCAUCGCGCAGGGCGGUGUCCUGCCCAACAUCCAGGCCGUGCUGCUGCCCAAGAAGGCGGGCGGCGGCGGAGCCGGGCCGGCCAAGAGCGGCAAGAAGGGCAGCAGCCAGCAGUCCCAGGAGUACUAGGGCCGGCCACGCGCCGCCGGCGGAGACUCACCCCCCCCACCCCCCAAGACCCCUUUCAGGGCCGCCCCCCAGGGCUCAGCCGAAGGAGCUGCGGAUCCGUAGGCUGCUCGAGCCAUCAGCGGGCUCCUGGGCGGGGAGAGCGCGAGCCCCCCCGCGCCUCAAGCGGGGUUGAAGGAGUCAGGCUUUCCCGCCCUCGCACGGCGCCGGGGGGUGGGGGGGAGGAGAAUUAGAGGCGUAACAGCCGCGGCGUGGAAGACUCCCUUGGGUGCGAGUGGGGAAGCUACGAAUAGCGAGGAGCCCCGGUUUAGGCCCCCUACCGCUGCGCACGUGCCUGGGGCAGCGCAUAGCUCCAGCUUUAACAGUAAACUCAGCUGCUACCCCGAACCCUAUCGUUUUGCCCCAUCGGGUGAAGCUGCUGUGUGCAAAGCCCUAAUGGCAGAGGAAGCUGCCGCGGGGUCUCUUUUGCUCUGCAAUGGCAUGGUCCACCCCUGAUACCCAUUUGACUCCUGUCUACCUGAGAUGUUUCAACAUUAGCAAUGCAAAGACUCGUGCAAGCGGUAUCCACGUUUACAGCUUGAAGUGUCGCCCCCUGAGCUUUGCUGCUCCUGGAUCCUCUAAGUAACUUCAUAUGGUACCGACAGAGAACUGGAAAAAAAAACAUAUCAGAAUGCAGCUGUAGAACUAAGUGCACCACUGUAUGAAUUGCCUGAAAAGUGUGGUUUUUUUGGUUUUUUUUUUUUUUUUUUUUGGAGUUCCUUGCUGUUUAAUUACCUGUUUUAACUGCUCUGAAAAAUUGUAUAUCUACAUAUCUUGUUUUUAAGACAGAGGGCAUCUUUUGCAUCAGGUCAUGCACAACAAUCCAAAACAUUGUAAACUAACAAGCUCUCAGCCUCUUGAAUGGAAGAAGGCUUUCACUUAUCUCAGCGGUUGUGUGACUUUAUUGAUGUGCUGUACAAUUUUGUCUACAAUGUUACAAUUAUUUACUAGUUUGAUUCUGCAGUGACACUAUACUUUGUUUGACCUGUUUCAACAGACAGCAUCUGCAACCAGAAGCUCAGUACAGCCACUGCAGGAUCAAACCAGAGAAAAUUCUAGGCUUCGUACAAACUUGUAGUUAACAAAACAGCAACCAUUUCUCUUUCAGCUGUGUCCUUUCACUGGACGCUGCUAAAUCUGUUGUAGUAGCCUUUGUAACUUCCUGUACAUCCCAGAAAAUGUAGAUAUUGUGUAAUAAAAUACAGGGUGACUUGCUA